GAGCAGCUUCAAAGUUGGGUGUAUCUGGGAGGCUUCCCCAGAGGACAGGCUGCUUUGCUUGUCCGGGAAGCCUCCCCCUAAGUCAUAACGACUCAGCUUCAAAUUAAUGGCAAAGCUGGUGAUUUAAAAAGAAUGGGUCUAAUAUGUACAUUUUGACAGUUUCUGAAGACUUACUGAGAUGGAACAGGUGUGCCAAAGCUGAGAUAAUAGAAUCCACUCAACGCUGUUGGCCAGUGUCCUACAAUUUUUGGCUUUAAUAUAAUUGGAAAUUGUAAUGAGUAUGACUGUUGGAUUUGCACUACUGUCCCCUCUUUGGGGGAGGACCUUUUUUAUUCUGCUAAUGAUCGCUACAGCUCAGUCCCACUGGCCCAGUGAACCCUCUGAAGUAGUAAGGGACUGGGAAAACCAGUUAGAAGCAUCAAUGCAUUCAGUGCUUUCUGAUCUUCGAGAGACUGUCCCAGCUGUUGUGGGCAUUCCAGAUGGCAUAGCUGUGGUAGGGCGCUCAUUUCGACUUGCCAUUCCAACAGAUUUAAUCGCUUCCAGUGGAGAAAUAAUUAAGAUGUCAGAAGCUGGGAAAGAAGUUUUGCCCUCCUGGCUGCACUGGGACCCCGAGAGCCGUAUGCUGGAAGGUCUUCCCCUCGAUACAGACAAAGGUGUACAUUACAUUUCUGUCAAUGCCAUGCACCUGGCACCUAAUGGAAGUUAUGUGCCCCAAGCUAGGAAUGUCUUCUCCAUUGAAGUAUAUCCUGAAGAUCACAGUGAGCCACAGUCAGUAAGAGUGGCAUCCCAAGAUGUUAAUGAAGCUGCUCCAUUUGUGUGUGGUGCCGAUGAGCCAGUGACUAUCCUGACUGUAAUUUUGGAUGCUGAUCUCACAAAAAUGACACCAAAGCAGAGGGUAGAGCUCUUAAACAGGAUGAAAAGUUUUUCGGAAGUAGAACUACAUAAUAUGAAACUGGUUCCAGUUGUAAAUAACAGACUCUUUGACAUGUCAGCCUUCAUGGCUGGCCCAGGAAAUGCAAAAAAAGUAGUAGAAAAUGGAGCCUUACUGUCAUGGAAGCUAGGUUGUUCUUUAAACCAAAACAGUGUCCCUAAUAUUAGCAGUGUGGAAACUCCAGCUAAAGAAGGCACAAUGUCUGCUCAGCUUGGCUAUCCUGUUGUAGGCUGGCAUAUUGCUAAUAAGAAACCUCAUUUUCCAAAACGGAUAAGGAGACAGAUUAAUGCUACACCCACACCAGUCACUGCCAUUGGACCCCCUACAACUGCUCUCCAGGAACCACCAUCUAGGAUUGUUCCUACACCCACCUCUCCAGCCAUUGCACCUCCUACAGAAACUGCAGCUCCUCCAGUACGAGAUCCUGUCCCUGGAAAACCAGCAGUUACCAUUCGAACACGAGGUGCCAUUGUCCAGACCCCAACCCUGGGACCAAUUCAGCCUACCAGAGUAGCAGAUACAGGUACUACGGUCCCUGGCCAGAUUAGGCCAACAACAAUUCCAGGAUACAUAGAACCCACUGCUGUUGUUACACCUCCUACCACCACUACUAAGAAACCAAGAAUAACUACUUUGAAACCAGCCACGCCUUCAACCACAGACUCCUCAACUGCUACAACCCGAAGGCCUACCAAAAAACCACGGACUUCGAGGCCAGUGCCCAGGGUCACAACCAAAGCACCUCUCACCAGAUUGGAAACGGCUUCCCCACCAACUCGAACCCGGACCACGACAAGUGGCACAACUCGAGGGGGUGAACCCAACAAGCCCCCCUCACUGAAAAACCACAUUGAUAGGGUGGACGCAUGGGUGGGCACUUACUUUGAGGUGAAAAUCCCCUUAGAUACGUUCUACGAUGAGGAAGACACGACUACAGAUAAGCUGAAGCUAACUCUGAAGCUUAGGGAGCAGCAGAUGGUAGGGGAGAAGUCCUGGGUCCAAUUUAAUAGCAACAGUCAGCUGAUGUAUGGGCUGCCUGACAGCAGUCACCUGGGCAAGCACGAGUACUUCAUGCAUGCCACAGAUAAAGGGGGCCUCUCAGCUGUGGAUGCCUUUGAAAUCCAUGUACAUAAGCGUCCACAGGGAGAUAAGUCUCCAGCCAAAUUUAAGGCAAAAUUCACUGGUGACCCUGCUUCAGUGGUCAAUGACAUUCAUAAAAAAAUCAUAUUGGUUAAGAAACUGGCUCUUGCCUUUGGGGACCGCAAUAGCAGUACCAUCACCUUGCAGAACAUCACAAAGGGCUCCAUUGUGGUCGAGUGGACAAAUAAUACUCUGCCUCUGGAUCCCUGCCCCAAGGAACAAAUCCGAGGGUUGAGCAGGAGAAUCUCGGAGGAUGAUGGAAAACCUCGUCAUGUUUUCUCUAAUACCUUGGAGCCCGAGUUCAAGGCUGUGAGCAUUUCUGUGACAGGAUCAGGCAGCUGUAGACACAUCCAGUUUAUUCCUGUAACAGCAGACAGAAGGAUCCCUUCAGAAGCUCCCCCUACAGUUGUGACUGAGAAGGACCCUGAGAAGAGCAGUGAGGAUGACGUCUAUCUCCAUACAGUCAUUCCUGCUGUGGUGGUGGCUGCUAUCCUGCUCAUUGCUGGUAUCAUUGCUAUGAUCUGUUACCGAAAGAAAAGGAAAGGAAAGCUCACAAUUGAAGACCAAGCAACUUUCAUCAAAAAAGGCGUGCCAAUCAUCUUUGCUGAUGAACUGGAUGACUCUAAGCCACCCCCUUCCUCUAGCAUGCCUUUGAUCCUACAAGAGGAAAAAGCUCCUCUCCCCCCUCCAGAAUAUCCAAACCAGAACAUGCCAGAGACCACCCCAUUGAACCAGGAUACUAUUGGAGAGUAUACCCCCUUGAGGGAUGAAGACCCUAAUGCACCUCCCUAUCAGCCCCCCCCACCCUUCACAGCCCCUAUGGAGGGAAAAGGCUCACGCCCGAAGAACAUGACCCCUUACAGGUCACCACCUCCAUAUGUUCCCCCUUAACAGCAAGUCUUGAGCUUUGAGGGAAGGGGCCUGGAGAUCCAUACCAGUGUUGUUGAUAGGGAUUGAUGGCCCACAGUUCAUUGCCAACCAGAAAUCAACACUUGACCCCAAACACACACCCACAUACAGGGCCUGAAAAAACCCUCCCUCUCUGGUUCUUUUACACUACUCCAAAGUGGCCUGGUGAACUUUGGGGGACUUUUAAAAUUUUCUUUUCUUUUUUUUUCUUUUUUCUUUUUUUCUUCCUUUCUUUUUUUUUUUUUUUUUUUUUUUGCCUAACAGCUUUUGUUUGUUCAUAGAGAAUUCUCCGAUGAGUAUUUCUGAUGGCCAGCUUCUGAAAGCACCAAUGGAUACAGAGCAUGGAAUGAAUGGAUGGACGGACUCACAGAUGACACUGGGCUGGACAUUCCAUCCCUGGUGCACUCUGUUUGCCUUUAACACUAACUGUACUAUUGUUUUGUUUUUUUUCCUUCUGUUCACGUGUGUCUAGCUGCAGGAUGUAACAUGGAAAAAGUAGCCUAAAGAUUAAAAUCAAAGGACUUUCAGAAGUUAAUGUUACAUUUUUACAUUUAAUCUGCUGUUUACCUAAACUUGUAUGUAUAGUUUUUGGGUGGGGUUGUGGGGUGGGGGAGGGGGCCCUGCUUUGCUAAAAAUAAGCUCCCAGGGUGUUUCAAAACUAGUUAGAGAAGACCAAGGGACAGUAUUUUUUAUCAAAGGAAUCCUAUUUUUUCACACAAUGUAAACUAUGUUCCUCGGUUAAGCCGGAGACUGAUUUGGGGCAUCUUUGUGGAUUGUAGGAAGAACUCUGGGCACUUCAUGUGAGUGAGCUCACAGACCUGCUGACGUAGCCCUUCCCUGACUCUCCCCUGGUACUGGUGCUGGAUAGUCAGAGAUUACUUUACGAGGCCAGACAAUCCUCCCUGUGUGCUCUAGGCAAGCUUUAAGGGGCAUUAGUUGUUGGAUGGAAAUAUAACUAUGAGAGGCUGCAGAGGUGCGCUGCUCCUGGUGACCCUGGCGCUUCCGAUGGUGAAAAUAGGCCACCAGCAAGGAGGGCAACUCCUGGAAAUGAUGAGUUAGUUUUAGACUGCAUUGACUUCUUUUCUUUUUUUUUCUUUCUUUUCUUUUUCUUUUCUUUUCUUUUUUUUUUUUAAAGAAAAAUGUUUUUGAAACACUCAGUGGGGGAUGUUUUGGUGAAGAUGCAAUAUUUUUAUGUAGUGUGAUGCUAUUUCCUUACUCUCAAAUUCUUGGCAGUUGUGUUCUGACAGCAUCUCAUUCCUUUGUUCUGGCCCUCCCAUCCCCAGGUUUCUGGACUCCAACAUGCUGAAAGCUGUCUGGUGAUUGGGAAGAAAAGUGCCAGCAAUAUAGUUCAUAGUAAAAAUCGGUGGACUCUCAAAUCUAAUUUUUUUACUAAAUUUUUGAUACAGUCUCAAAUUGUUUUAUUAUAAAAAAAGAUUAAAAAAUGGUAAUGCUUACAGCAGUUUGUAUGAGCUUAGCUUCUUAGGGUUGAUUCCAUGGGACUGAUUGCUUUUCACAUUCUGACUCUUUUCUGUCGUUGUUUUGAUUCUAGAACCAUGUCUGGGUUUCUUGCCUUUUUAGGAUGAACUUAACUUGUCUUUGUCCUGUGACUUGAGGCACUCUGGAGGUGCCUGCACCACUUUUUUUUUUCCUCUCUCUCUCUCUGCUUUGGACUAAAUUGUUUAAGCAUGACCUUCUUGGCCAUUUGAAAGCUAUUUUUGGUACAUUUUAGGGAGGAAAAUCCUUUGCAAUAAUGUUUCCCUUCCUUGGGGGGGGGUGCGCAGACUCCAGCUCACUUUGCACACCCAACAGACACUUUUAAGCCAUAUUGACUGUUUUGCAAAGUUAUGUUUGUGGGCUGCCCCUGAAGGAUGGCUGGGAGGGUCAUUGGCCUUCACCUCUUCAUUUGCCUAGGGGACAUUUUCUACUGUGUUUUUCUUAAAGAGAUUUUUCUGACGAGAAGCUAGUGAUGUUACAUCUGUGUUUGAGCUGGGCAGUUCCUAAAUCUGUGUUUAUUAUGCCUGUCACCAACUUAACCCAGUGGGAGCUAUGAGGUUGGUUCCUUGAUCCACUCACAGGAAAAAGGGACCCUAGGGAUGUGGCCCUUCCUCCAGAAGCAUUUGGGAGGCAGAGGAUCUCAUGAAGGGAGCCCAGUAGAUCAAGGCACAUUCUGUCCAGUGUUGGGUCACAUCUUGAGUGAGCUCUAUGGGCUGGGGAUGUUCCCAGCACAAGAGUCAGGCGCACAUAUGUAGGGGCCAGAUUUGGUCCAGUUACCCUUUGUAGACUCCAGCAGACAUUAUGUGGCCCCUUGCAAAAUUAAAUAACAUUUCAAAAGCCCCAGAGCAAGUUGAGUGGAAGGCCUUCUAAGUAGCCACGUUACCCCAGCAACCCCACCAUUCCAUCCCAGCCAUGCGCAGAUGGUGCAGGCCUGGCUCUACCUGUCACCAUAGAAACUGGAGGCGAAGGGGCAGUGAACAGAAUAAUAAUAAUAAUGCUGUUUCAGCCAACCUCCUUCCCGUUUGCACCAGGGCUGCCUCUUGUCAGCCAUCAGGCACUGUAAUGUGGAGAGUAGAUCUUAUUAAAAAGUGUUCACCAACAACUGAUGUGUGUUUAUUUCCUUACAUAUGAUUUUAAGAAGAUGUGUUUUCUGCAUUCUGUAUAGAAACAUAUCAGACUAAAUAAAAACAGUGUACUUUACUAUAA